CCUACCCUUCAUCAAAACUCCCACUUCAUGUCUAAGCGCGGGAGACCAAGCUCCCUCCAACCUCCACUCCUCCUCCCUUAACUCCACCGCGAAAACAGACCCCAAAGCCGACCUCCAUCUCCAAACCCAGAACCCACCGUUCCCUCUCCUUCUCCUCCUCCUCCUCUUCUCCUCUCCAAUGGCAUCCCCUCUCCAUCCCCAUCUCCGAGCUCUCCCUCCCCUUCACCCUCCCCACCGGUCAAACCUUCCGAUGGCGCCGCACCUCCCCUUCCGCCUUCUCCGGUCCCAUUGGCCCCUACCUCGUCUCCCUACGCCACCACCCCGAACCUAAUUCCCCGGUCUCGUUCCUCCUCCAUAACCCUUCUUCCCCCUCCUCCGCCGCCGCUGUGCACAACGCUCUCCGCGACUACCUCAAUUUCGAUGUCUCUCUUGCCGAUCUUUGGCGCGGGUUCACCGACGCCGAUGAGAGGUUCACGGAUCUGGUCCGGAGGUUUGGGGGGGGCGGGGCUCGGGUGCUACGGAAGGAUCCUUUGGAGUGUUUGUUCCAGUUCUUGUGCUCGUCUAACAACAAUAUGAUCUCGUCGUUCGGUGAGUCUUUGGGGAGUGUUGGGGGUUUUGAGUUUCACCACUUCCCGGCGCUGGAGCGGUUGGCUUUGGUCUCCGAGCAGGAGCUUAGAAAUGCUGGAUUUGGUUACAGGGCCAAAUAUAUAGUUGGUACAGUCAGGGCUUUGCAAGAAAAGCCUGGUGGAGGUGUAAAUUGGCUUGCUUCUCUCCGCGGAUUGGAGCUUCCUCAUGUGAUUGAUGCUCUUUGCAUUUUGCCUGGUGUUGGACCGAAAGUUGCUGCAUGUAGAGCUGUCUUUUCCCUAGAACAGCACCAUGCCAUUCCUGUUGAUACACAUGUAUGGCAGAUUGCGACAUAAUAUCUCAUGCCAGAGCUUGCAGGCAAGAGCCUGACUCCCAAGCUUAGUAGUUGCAUUGCAGAUGUAUUUGUAGCCAAAUUUGGGAAAUAUGCUGGUUGGGCACAAAAUGUUCUCUUCAUUGGUAAACUUCCUUCCCAAAAAUUGCUAGACAAUAAGGCUGGUGUAUCGAAGUCAGCAAAGAAAAAGCAGCGGAUAAAGAAAGCGGCUGUUGAAUUGACCCUGGAAGGUGAUUAAAUCCCUCUAUGGGAAGUUUGCUGACCUGACCUGAACUUACCUAUUCAGCUGGAACCUAUGAAGCACGGACACUCCGGGGAGCUUGGCGUACCCGUGUCGUAUCGUAUCUGUCACGCCCCAGCCCCAAAGCCGGGCCCGCUGACAGAUCGGCCGCAUCCAACGGGGCUGGGCCCCACUGGGUGCAAGGCCUCAG